AUGAAUCCAUUGAGUAUGCAACCUAAGCCAAAAUUCGAGCUAUAUUUGAAAAUAUACGAUCUCAACAACGUUCCACUUGUCACUGGGGCUGCUUUUGUAAAGUGGCACCUCCCUUCUUCAACUGCUGCCGAACACCGUGGUCGUACGGAAAAAGCUGUCAUUAAGGAGCAUAAAGUAGUAUGGAAGUACACCCGUUUAAUUCCUCUCCGUCUCGUUAUUAACAAGAACAACGAACUUCAAGAAUGCCUGAUCAACUUAGAAGUGGUGCAGGACUGUUCAAUAGCUGGAAGGAUAGACAAAAUAAUUCUCGGGAAGAUUGACCUAAAUCUCGCGGAAUAUGUAGACGAAGGUGAUACGGAUGGCGAGCAAAGCGUUGUGAGGAGAUACUUGAUGCAAGAUAGUAAGAUCAACAGUACACUGAGAAUUGGUGUAGGAAUGAGACAAGUGGAUGGGGAUAGAGAGUUUAUUGCACCACCGCUAAAGACGGCAAUGGUAUUCGGGAAAAUAACGGGAAUUGUUGCAGGGGAGCAAGAUGGAAAGGACGAAGUUGGAAAUCUACCAUCUAUCAGUACAUCACGAGAUCAGGGUGAAGCCCAAGAUAUGUAUCGACAGAUAUUGGCAGCAUCAUGGAUUUCUCAUGAAGGAGAGUUGAUGGCAGAUCAAUGCAUUGAAGAUAUCUUUGAUGGAGGCGAUGGCUGGAAGCCCGAAAAAAAUACAAAAUCGAGAGCAUGGCGUGAAGAAUGCCACACGAACAGUCAGAAUUUGCCAAAGUUUCAUCAUGCAAGGUCGCGAUCAAGCACAAGUGCUAAGCUACAGGAGAUAGCAGCCAUGGGAGCUGACCCAUUUUGUUCAAUUCAUGAAUACGGAAGCCACGAAUCAUUAAGAGCUGGAGGUGUAGAUCAUAUGAUAGAGAGGUCCUUAAGUACAAGUCAUCGUCCAAAAGUAGUUCAUGAGGUCGAUGAAUUCAGCUUGACUGAUGAUCUUAUUGCUUGGAGAGUGAGGGACAGCGUAUCUAGUGAAAAAGCCUGA